AUGAGGACAGGCUUCCCAGACACCAAUGGAAGCUCAAAUGGCGCUGACGACCUGCGCAAAACUGCCUUAAUCGAUGUCGAGCUCAAAAGACUUAACAUAGCGGUUUCCGCACUGCAAGAGACCAGAUUAUCGGACGAAGGCUCAAUACGCGAGGCCUCAUAUACAUUUUUCUGGAAGGGAAAGGACUCUACUGCCGCACGUGAGCAUGGCGUUGGUUUCGCAAUCCGCAAUGAUCUCCUUUCCGCAAUCGAAACUCCUCGAGGAAUUUCGGAGCGCAUUAUGGUGUUGAGGAUGCGAAGCAACUGCGGCUUUGUUACUUUUAUUUCCGCAUAUGCCCCAACACUAGUUUCACCUGACGAAGCCAAAGACCAAUUUUACGACCAACUCACUGAGACGGUACGUGGCGUAAGUUCUAGUGACAGACUUUACAUCUUGGGUGACUUUAACGCCCGGGUCGGCCAGGACAGCUCUGCUUGGCCCGAUUGUGUGGGUCCCCACGGCAUUGGAAAACUCAACGAGAACGGACAACGUUUACUUGAGUUCUGCUCGAGCCAAUUGCUGUGUGUGACCAAUACUUUCUUCAAGGGUAAGCCUAUGCGUAGGGUGUCCUGGAAGCACCCUCGCUCUGGUCACUGGCACCAGCUAGACCUAGUCCUCACCAGAAGAAAAGACCUCCGCGAAACCAUUCACACGCGUACAUUCCACAGCGCGGAAUGUGACACUGAUCAUUCCCUAGUAGUAACACGUGUAGCCCUGAUCCACAAAAAGAUUCAUUCGUCCAAACCACCUGGUAAGAAGAAAUUAGACCUUCCUAAAACCAGGCAUGACGAUUUGAUUCGUGAUUUUGAGGAUUUGGUACGUAAGGAGACUGAAACUUGGGAUGUAAAUGCGACCGUCGAAGACGAAUGGAGUAAUGUCAGAGCUCUUCUCACGGAAACAGCUGCCAAAGCUUUCGGCUAUCAGAGAGCUAAAUCUCAAGACUGGUUCACUGAAAAUAUAGAGCAACUUUCACCCUUGCUUGACUCUAAACGCGACGCUGCUCUUGCUCACCGUCUGAAUCCUAAUCCAAAGACGCGCGAAGAGCUUACAAUUUCUAAAGCAGCUCUUCAACGCAGCACACGCCACUUUGCGAAUGUCUAUUGGACCAAUAUUUGCCACAACAUCCAAGCGUGUGCAGACUCAGGAAACUUCAGCGGUGUGUACUCUGGUAUAAAACAGGCCAUCGGCCCAGUUUCCAAAAAGACAGCUCCCCUUAAAGAAGCUGAUGGCUCUGUUAUAACAGAUCGUCAUCGUCAAAUGGAACGUUGGGUAGAACACUUCACCACUCUCUAUGCAACUCCAGUCAGCAUCGAACCGGAGGCUAUUCAGAGCAUGCCUAAACUGGAUACUUGGAGUCAAUUAGACGACCUACCUACUAUAAGGGAAUACCACAUUGCUGUAAAGCAGCUUAAGCGCGGUAAGAGUCCUGGUAGUGAUGGAACCCAAGCAGAAAUACUUAAACUUAAGUGCGUGUCACCUAUUCUGCACAGUCUGCUGUGUAAGUGCUGGGAGGCGGGGUGCGUGCCUCGGGAUAUGCGUGAUGCCAACAUCAUCACACUAUACAAAGGGAAAGGGGAUCGCGGCGAUUGCAACUCCUACCGUGGUAUUUCCCUUUUGAGCUCAGUCGGCAAGCUAUUUGGACGUGUAAUAUUAGGAAAGCUCCAAAAACUUGCAAAUCGCGUAUAUCCUGAGGCACAGUGUGGUUUUCGCCCCCGGCGUUCCACAGUCGAUAUGAUUUUCUCCCUUCGCCAAUUACAGGAGAAGUGCAGAGAGCAGAAAACGCCAUUGUACGUGGCGUUUGUUGACUUAAAUAAGGCCUUCGAUACCGUCAGCAGGGAGGGUCUUUAUACUGCACUGAAAUGCAUUGGGUGUCCACCGAAACUCUUGAGCCUUGUUCAAUCCUUUCACGAAGAUAUGAAGGGCGCUGUAGUUUUUGAUGGCCAAACGUCUGAUCAGUUCGAAAUGCGUAGGGGUGUCCGUCAGGGCUGCGUGUUGGCUCCUACCCUGUUUGGUAUAUUCUUUUCGAUUAUCCUAAGAACUGCUUUCGGCGAUAGCUAA